AAUCAUAUAUCUGCAUCCAAAAGAAUUAUAAACAGAGCGGGUAUUUAAUAUGUGCAGAGGUUAUUUAUUGCGUGGUGAAAACACGGAGGCAGACUAACCGCAGUCGUAGCUGCAUGGAUCUGAAGGCAGGCUAGCGUUAGCUUAGCAAAGGCUGAGCUAGUAGUUCUCUCUUUACAGGUCUGCUAAUUAAUAUAUCAACAAAACAUGGCUAACUCCAAGGAAGUGACUUGUACAGAGGUAAAAGAGUUGACAGAUGGAGAGGCUGUGGAGGCAGUUUCAGAAGCGGCAACAUCGGUGGAUGAUGGAGAAACGGAACACGUUCAUGAAUCCUCCCAUGAACUUUCCAAAGAGAGGGAAGAGGAUAAUGAUGCUGCUGCUGCUGAAAAAGAUAUGGAAGGUGAAGAAGCAGAACUUAAAGAAACGGAGACCGAGGUGAUCCACUCUGUUGAUUCCACAUCUCCAUCACAAGCUUUUAAUGAUGCUGCUGCUGCUGAAAAAGAUAUGGAAGGUGAAGAAGCAGAACUUAAAGAAACGGAGACCGAGGUGAUCCACUCUGUUGAUUCCACAUCUCCAUCACAAGCUUUUAAUGAUGCUGCUGCUGCUGAAAAAGAUAUGGAAGGUGAAGAAGCAGAACUUAAAGAAACUGAGACCGAGGUGGUCCACUCUGUUGGUUCUACAUCUCCAUCACAAGCUUUUAAUGAUGCUGCUGCUGCUGAAAAAGAUAUGGAAAGUGAAGAAGCAGAACUUAAAGAAACUGAGACCGAGGUGGUCCACUCUGUUGGUUCUACAUCUCCAUCACAAGCUUUUUCUGCAGAGGAGACAGAGGAGACCGUUACGGUUAAUGAUGGUGAGGCAGGUAGCACCACAGAGCCCCAAAAAGAGGCUCCUGAGGUGAAAUCUGAUGAGGGUCUUGAGGUGAUAUCUGAUGAAGGGGUUGAGUCAAAGACAGAAGAUCUUGCAGUGAAGGAUGAGAGCCAAGAGGAAAGCCCUGCAGUAGCAGAUGUCAGUGAGGAUACAUGCAUGGACGCAGCUCCUGAUCGUGAGGAGGAGAAAGAAAUAAAAAACACUGAUGAAAACAUGGACACAAGCAAUGACACUAAGGAGGAAGUCUGCACAGAGCAGGAGUCAUCCAUCGGCUGUAAACCAAAGGUUUUGACAGCGGGCGAUGAACUCGAUGAGAUGAUGGACAUCGGUACAGUGGAUCAGGUGGAGCAGGAAGCUCAGAUGAAAGAGGAGGAACAGAACAGCUUGAAGGAUAUGGAAAGCAGCCGCUCGCCUGACGCUUCAAAUACAGCCUCAGUGGUGGAGGACAGUAACUCUGUUACAGAGGAAACUGAUGUGAAACCCACAACUUCAGACUUGAUGCAGUCCAGCUCGUCUCCAUCGUCUGAGGCCACAGGAAGUACAGGAAGAGACAGCUCGUCACCAGCGACGAUGUUGAACGGCAUGAAAGUCGUCAAGCUUUCUAUACCGAGAUUAGACGUUGAGAGCCUGCACACUGCAACCCAAAGUGUCAAGUUGUCACCUUCACCUCCGUUGGUCACUGUGAAGGACGAGCCGGUGGAUGAGGAAUAUGAACAAGCUCUAAUGUCCAGUUCCUCUACAGCAAGUGUGAAAGAUGAGCCUAAUACUGCAAGGGAGGACCUGAGGAUCGGAUCCGUGUAUUCUGAGAGUUCUGAAACGCAGACGCUGCCCAUCGUCAGCCCGUCGUCUUCGCACAUGUUCUGCGCUCACUGUAAGAAGAACCUGAUGAAGGGACAGACGGCUUUCCAGAGGAAGGGCUCUCCAGCGCUCUUCUGCUCCACCACCUGCCUCUCAUUGUCUCAGGCCAGGGGAGCCACUAAAAUCUGCCACAACUGCCAAAAGUUGAUAAUUCGGCCUCAAGAUGUCAUCCUGGCUCCGGAUCUCAAAGGACUCAUGAAAGAGUUCUGUGGCCAGAUCUGCCUGACGUCCUUCAACUACAAGAAAACUGUCUCCAACUUCAGGAAAACUGCUGUUGCUGUGAAAGCUCUACAGACUGUACCACAGUCACUCUGCAGCAUGUGCACCAGAUACUGUGUCAGCAAACACGAGGUAAUCCUGAGCGGCGCUGUCCACAAGAUGUGCAGUGACGCCUGCUUUAACCGCUUCCGUACAGUAAAUAACCUUUCGAUGGCGGGCUGCGCCAACUGUGGCUCGUACUGCCACAGCAAACCACUCAUGCUGAAGCUGGAAGAGGGAAGCAAAACCGUGUGCAACCUGGAUUGUUUGGGGAAAUACAAAGAGAAAAGCAAGAUAACCAAGAUGACCCAGCCGUGCACAAUGUGUCGCACCGCCCGCUUUGUGGCAGAAAUGGUGGACAGCAAAAACAGCGAUGACUCUGUGGAUCUUUUCUGCAGCAGCAGCUGUGUGAUGGCGUACAAAGUCCAGACUGUUAGUUCUUCAGGUGCUCGGAUCAACUGUGAUAACUGUGGCAAAAACAGUGUACCGUCCUACCACCUGGCCAUGUCAGAUACCUCCAUCAGGAAUUUCUGCACUCUCCCGUGUGUCAUGGCUUUUCAGGAAAAAUUUAAGCAGUCGCAGAAGCAGGUGAAUGUUUUUACGAAGCUGCCCGUGGGAUCGUCCCAAAUUCAGCCCGUUAGUACAACGCCACUGCAACAGGAGGCGAAAGGGUCCCAGAAACUGAACUGCUUCCAGUGCUCCCGCGUCAUCACAUUUAAACCUGAGCUCAUCCAGAUUAAGGACAAAAUGGUUUUUCUGUGCAGCGUGGACUGUUCUCACGAGUUUAAGAAAGCCAACAACGUCACGAGUGUGUGCGAGUACUGUAUGAUCGAAAAGAUCACCAGAGACGUGAAGAGAGUCAACAACAAAGACUGUUACUUCUGCAGCGACGGCUGUAAGCUCCUGUUCAGACACGACUUGAGUAAAAACUGGGGGAAACACUGUCACUCCUGUGUUUACUGCCACUCCGUUUCAAAGAAGCUGGUGACGGCACAGUACGGAGGCUCGACGGAGGACUUCUGCUCGGAGGAGUGCAGGUCCAAGUACACCAUGCUGUUCUGCCAUGUUGCAAAGUGCGACACCUGCGGGCGGAAAGGGAAGCUAAAGCAGAGCCUUCCCAUGCUCGGGGAAGUCAAACACUUCUGCGACCUCAGCUGUCUGCUGCAGUUCUGCUGUGAGAAAGUGGUCACGCAGGGUGAAGUCGUGAAAGCCAGCACAGGAGAGGCCACACCUGUGAUCGCCAACGUCAUCUCACUCGCUGGCACGCCAAAAGGAAAACCUAACACUUCUGAUAGAAGUGCCCAACAAAGCACAGCAUCAAACUCUCAGUCAAAGACCUCCGGACACAUCAGCAUUCAGACAGAAACGGUAAAGACUCAUCCUCCUCCCCCAACUAAAAUCCUGAAGAACAAGGCUCUGCUCUGUAGACCGCUGGUGCAGAACAAAGGAGUCUCCUGCAAAACGCAGACGGUCGACGUAGAGUCACAGACGGAUGAUAUCUUCCCAAAAAUGGUGAUCCUGCCUGUUCCUGUGCCGGUGUACCUUCCUGUACCCAUGAACAUGUACAGCCAGUGCACUCCCAAACCUGUUGGCCUGCCGUUACCUCUUCCUGUGCCAAUGUUUCUUCCUGUGACGAUGGACAGUGCUGAGCGCAUCGUGGAAACCAUCCAGGAGAUCAAACAGAAGAUCCCGUCCGAUCCGUACGAGGCAGAGCUCAUCCUCAUGGCGGAGAUGGUGGCCGAAGACGACGAGAACAACGACAAGCCGGAGACGCGCAAAGAGGAAAAAGCGGUGAAGAAAGCGGCUGAAAAGCAAGAAGCACCCGUCACAGAUGACCAUGUCAGUAACUACAGUGAUGACUUAGACACCGACGAACUGGCCACUUUCCUCAACAGCUGGGAGGAUGCCUCCUCGGACACGGGGCCCUUGUCGCCAAGUAAAACCUACGCCAGCGAGAAGCUCAACUCAGUUUUAGAUGUAUCUGUGGGCAUGCCCAGUGAGCCUGAGCCCGCACCACCUCCUGGCCCGCCUCCCAUGGACAUCGAAGCCGACUUCACUGUUGAAACUCUGGAAAGGAUGGCCCGACAAAGAGAGCAGUGCAACAAGUCCCCAAGCCCCCCGCCUGCUGCUCCAGUACGACGACAAGCUCACAGGAAAGCCAGAGAGAAAAGGGGUCGUAAGCCACAGCGGCAGUCUAAGGCUGCUGAAACGUCUUCGGCAAAGAGUACUUCCAAAAAGCCCGUGGAUGUAGAAAUCCCCAAACUGAAGAGUGAAUAUGGAGUUGAUGCCUGGAAGCGAUGGAUCCAGUGGAGGCAAACUCAGCCCAACCUGGAGAAUCCACGCUUUGGUUCGCGUCCUCUGGAGCUGAAGGAGGAUCUUCUUCGCUGCACCACCGCUGAGCUCAGCUACGGCCUCUGCUGCUUCAUCGCUGAGGUGAAACGACCAAACGGAGAGCCGUACUCGCCCGACACCAUGUUUUACCUCUGCCUCGGCAUCCAACAGUAUCUGUUUCAAAACGGUCGUGUGGAGAACAUUUUCAUGGAUCGCUUCUAUAACAAGUUUUCCACUGAGUUCACCAACUUGCUGCGAGGUUUCAAACCUUCAAUCACACCCAGUGGUUAUAUCCACUCCCGUGUGGAGGAGGAGUUUCUGUGGGACUGUAAACAGCUGGGGGCGUACUCCCCCAUCGUUCUCCUCAAUACUCUGCUCUUCUUCUGCUGCAAGUACUUUGGCUUCACAAAGGUGGAGCAGCACCGUCAGCUGUCCUUUGCACAUGUCAUGCGCUGCACAAAAACCAAUCCAAACAACACCAAGACCACAUUCCUACGCUUCUACCCGCCGCUGUCUGGAACUGAGGCGGAGUCAGAUGCAGAGGGUGGCCCAGCGAAGAAGCGGAAGGAGGAGGAGAGUAAAGAGGAAAUCCUGGAGAUGAUGGAGAACACGGAGAACCCUCUCCGCUGUCCCGUGAGACUCUACGAGUUCUACCUCUCAAAGUGCUCGGAGUCAGUUAAGCAGCGAACCAACAUGUUCUACCUGCACCCCGAGCGCUGCUGUGUCCCCAACAGCCCGCUGUGGUUCUCCUCCACCGCUCUGGACGACACCACCAUGGAGGCCAUGCUCAUCCGCAUCCUCACCGUCAGAGAGCUGCAUCUCGACACAAAGCAGCAAACGAGCGAUGACCCACCGUUUAUACCCGAGGAGGAGGAUUCGGAGUGAACGUGAAGUGACCUUUUACCGGAGUUGCAGCUAGUGAUGUAAAUGUUUGGAUAUUAUCAAAAAUGUUCGCUGAACAUAAACGGACGGGAAAAAAAACCAUUCACAACAGCAGUAUGAAACAGCAGAGUCACAUUUCAAACGCACGUUUGGGCAGAACCUCCGAUUCACGGCGCUUAUGUAGAGGUGAGGCUGAGAUGCUGGACUCAGCUCAGCAUUAAAGACUGUUUACUGCUCAGCAGGGCACGCAGCUGCCCUCCUGUGUUUAUGUGGUUGUGUCUUAUGGAAAAUAGUACUUUUAUCUCCUUCCAUGCGUUAUGAUUCCUGACCUUCCUGUGCACACUGGACUUCCAAGUUGUUUCUAAAGCUAGCCCUCCAUCUUGGAGUGAUGGAGGUCCCGAGUAGAGAGCUGCAUAUUGUUAAUUUCACUACAUUCACACCUCAGAGGCCAAAAUGAACACGUCUGUGUUUGCAGUAGUUAGAAUAUUUCCUGGGUCAGUACUUUUGCACACCUCAAGAAUUGUUGCAAUCUCACUUUGAGAAAUCACAGUUUUAACAUCUUACUGGAGAUUUUACCUGAAUCAUGAUUUGAUUGAUUUUUCGUCCAGAUUCCUGUUUAAGUUGUGAUGCUAAACGUUGAAAAUGUACACAAUUCACACUUUGUGUUUUGCGGUUAACAGAUAAUCCUCAGAUACUUUAAAGGAUCUUAUCAAUCUGAAAAAAAAAAAAAAAAAUACAGCAUCGAACAAUGUAAAAAUCAUCAUUGGUGCCUGAUUGAAAGGAUUAAAGAUUUUGGAAGUGAUUCAAUUACAUUUUAAGAAAUUAGAGAAUUGAAUGUUAGGUAGCUGCUAUCCCUCAUUAUGACUUUCAAGCAAUCUGAGAAAAGCCUACAACUCUAAAGUUUUAAACUCAUUUUGGGAUUCUGUUUCAUACUAAACAAACCUUAAAGCAGUGAGUUUUUGCAUAAUGAGCUCUGGUAUUAUAUGAAAGCAAAUAAAGCUGUCCGUUUGUGUAUGUCUAGAUUAUUUUAACCCCCUUAGAGUAUGGCUGUCAAGGUUCUCUUGAGUGUUUUCUAUUAUAUGUUCAUUUUGAAU